UACCACCAUUGUUGUUUACAUUUAUAUUUCAAAAAAGAAGCUAUUUUGCUUUAAAUUAACACUAAUAGGAAAAAACGGAUAGGAUAUUGGUAUUAUUAGACUGCAUACAUGGAUACGAAGGAAAUUUCAGCAUUGGUAAUAGUACAGUUUGUUGAUAUGGUAUUUGCUGAAUGUAAUGUUGGCUGCCAAUCAUGCUCUGGUUCAACUUGCACAAGUUGUGAAUCAUCUUACUAUUUAUCAAGUGGCUUCUGUUUGCCAUGCCCCGAGGAUUGUGAAAGUUGUAACAGCUGGGAUGACUGUACGUCAUGUAAGCCGAAAAAGUUAAGUUUGCAAGGAAGAUGUACUUUCAACUGUGAUGGCAAUUGUCUAAAUAGUGAAUGCGAUGAUGGUACUGGAUAUUGUACUCAGUGUAAGCCUGGUUUCUAUGGACUUCAAUGUCAACAUAACUGUAGUUUAUGUGCCGAUGAACGUUGUGAUUUACGUACAUGCUCAAGUGGUUGUAGAGCUGGAUAUUAUGAGUAUAAGAGCGAUGUCGUUACACUAUGUCAAACAUGUCCGUCAAAUUGUAAACAUUGUAGGGAUGGAAAAACAUGUAAUAUUUGCAAUCAUGGUUUUCAUCUCUUUAAGUUUAAUAACAACGUUCACUGUGUUUCAUGUUUCCAAGACACGCAAUGUCCAGACUGUUUUAUUGAAGGUUGUAAUAAGUGUCAAGUACACAAUGAUUCGUUAGUCUGCGCUGAUUGUCCAGAAGGACAAAUAUUUAAUGGUAAAACUUGCGGGUCACACACAUCAUCCUGCUCACAAGAAUGUUCUACGGAUUGUGAUAGUAAUGGAAUAUGUCAAGGAGAAUGUAAUGCGGGUUGGACUGGUGAAACAUGUUCAGAAACAUGUAACAGCAAGUGUUUUAAGUGCCCAAAAGAUAACGCAAAUAGUUGUCUACUGUGUAAAGGUAAUUUUUACUCAACCGAUUGCAGUUUAGAAUGCAAUCAUGCAUGCAUAUUGAUAAAUGAUAAACGUACAUGUGAACAGACAGACGAAUAUUGUUUGAACGAAUGUAACCAAUCAUUUUGGGACGAUACAUGCGAGAAACAUUGUCCUAGUGGAUGUAAAGAUCUUAAAUGUGAUAGAAACAACGGUACUUGUACAGAUGGAUGUAAGGAUGGACUGAUCGGCGAUGGAUGUACUCAAAUAAUCACAAUCGAAAUAUCAGUAACAACAACAACAAUGUCAGCCGAAACUGUUACACAACAACAAACAUUUGUGCGACGUGACGAUAAAGCUCAUUAUUUAACCAUUGGUUAUUUCUCUGGAUUUGGAUCUUGUGCUGCCAUAGUAGUAUUUGCUGUAUUGUUUUACCUAUCUAGAAGAAGGUAGCUCGCGAAUAAAACGUUUAAAGAUAAUAUACCUAACAUUGAGAAUCCAACAUACUAUAACACAAGAACUGAUGUCGGAGAUGCAAAUGCUGAAUCAGCUGAUCAUGACGUGACGAAUAAUUACGAGAGUUUGAGUAAUAAGAGGACCACAGAUAAUGUAUACAAUGGUAAUUGUUAUCUUUUUUUACUUGAUAAAUCUCAUAUUAAUUUUACUUUAAGUACUUGAUUGAAAUAUUGUUGUUCUAAUAUGUAUUAAUUUAUUUAUUUAUUUAUUUACUUAUUUAUUUAUUUAUUUAUUUUCAGAUCUAAGAACAGCAUUGUCAUAGACGUAAGGAAAACGAGUUUUAGUGAUUUUCUAGUGAAACCAACAAAAUUUUUUUAUUUGUUUGUUUUGAAUUUUACGUCACAUCGACACAGUAUAGGUCAUAUCGCGACGUUCCAGCUUUACUGGUGGAGGAAGACCUCAGGUGCCCUUACGUGCAUUAUUUCAGGCACGAACGGACACCUGAGUAGAACCACCGACGUUCAGUAAGCUAGGUGGAUAGCUUCCUCACAUAAAAGAAUCCAAAGUCCCUGUCGGGAUUCGAACUCACAGCGGUGAGGGACAAGUGGUUUGAAGUCAACAACCAUAACCACUCGGCCACGGACGCCCCAACCUGUAUUUAAAACAGCUGUAAAGCAGUACAACUGUAUUUUGGACCCGUAUAAAAAUACGGUUAAUUCACAUAUUUCGUUCAUAGUACAGGUGUAAAACGGCUGUAUUUUUGAAAAAAUACAGACGUAAUUUGCUAUAAGUUUAUCUGAACUGGAGAAAAAUACAGCUGUAAUUUUAACAGAAAAACAGGUGUAUUUUAGGCAAAAAUACAGGAGUAAAAUUUCGUACAAGAUAGUUUUCUUUUUCAAGUCUUGCUACUGUAAAAAGUGUCAAUUUCCUAAUGCAAAAAAUAAACUUUAGGUUCUUUUUCUUUAAUUUGUAGCUGGCACUUACACAACCAGCACGACAAUGUGAUACGCUUCAAUUCUACAAUUAAGUCCACUUGUACUGACAUUUUGUAUUCUAACACUCAAGAUUAUAAAACAUAUAUAUAUUUUUUAAGAAAAAUACUGUAUCCACAACUGUAUAAAUAAUAAGAGUAUAGAAAAUCGGAAUCCCUAAAGAACGCAAAAAAACGGUAAAAUUUAAAAUGUUGCAGACUUGGUUUGUUAAGGCCUGUUAAUGGAGU